CUUUUCGACAUCCACCUCAUCUACAGAUUAGACAGGACAGGAAGACUCAUCAAUUAUCCUUCAACGAAAGCAUUUUUUUCCCCUCAUGACCAAGAGCUCUCGGAUAAUCUACCUUCUCUUCUUAUUUAACGUCCCAGCUCGGCCCCUCCUACUGAGUAGACGAACGCCCGGUCGGCUGCCCGCCUUGACCUCACGUGCCCUCUUCAGGCAGUUGACGAUUAACGAGGACAGAGAAACCCCGUGAUAUCACGGUUUCUCGGAAUUAUCAUUGCCUAAAGAAACAAUACUUCAUGGUGUAUACACUUCAGUAGUCAUUUCAGUGAACAGCUAGGGUCUCAAGCGAGUGGGCAUUCCCAAGCUGGGCCGACGGUGGGGGAAAGGGGUCGGUAUUCUUGUGCAGCAACAUGGCUACUCCAUCCGGCCGGGCGGCCUACAAGAAGAAGGAUGGCGUCCUGGCCGUAUCACCCGACCAGAACUUCAUCACCUGGACCCCCUGGCCAGCUACAGGGGCGCCCACCGUCUCCCUGUCUCUUGCCAACGUUGCUAAUCUUCAGCAGACCCCCGAUACUGCGCCAAAGGUCAUGCUUAAAAUCAUCGAGAAACACCCAAACGCAACAGACCAGGCGUCAUAUCUAUUUCACUUCACCUCUCCAGAUGCUCGAGCCGAGGCGAAUUCCAUAAAGGAGGUCCUCUCUAGGCUCCUGCAGGAGAUACGGGCCAACGAUCCCAAUGUGCCCAAGCCAACGUCCUCCGCCGCCUCCGCCUCCGGCACAGGGACGCCAAAUGCCGCCGUGAAUGGAGGAAGCGCCUCGGCAUCGAUGGCUUUCGCUGGCUCCGUCAACUCGAAGCCGGCCAUGGCUCGAUGGUUCGACGAUGACCAGCUACGCUCGGACAUUGAGCUCCAGCAGUCCCUGCUGAAGAGCGACCGCAGCCUGAACCAGACCUAUAUGGAUGCUCGUGCCACGAAGCCAGAGUCGAUAUCGGAUGCCGCUUUCAACUCCCAGUUCUGGUCCACACGUAUCAACUUGCUGCGUGCCCAUGCCAUUGAAACGCACCAGAGGAAAGGCGCUUACAACGUCUUGUCGACCAUUAAGCCACGAACCGAAGGGGAAGAGCUCAAGCUGAGCAUCAGUGUGGAACAGGUCCAGUUGAUCUUCAACCAGCACCCUCUUGUCAAACGCCUGUACAACGAGAACGUUCCCAAAAUAUCCGAGGCCGAGUUCUGGUCGCGGUUCUUCUUGAGUAAACUUUCCAGGACUCUGAGAGGCGAUAAGGUGCAGGAUGAGAAAAAGGAAGGCAUUGUACGUGAUCCGCUGUUUGAUAACCACGACCAGAGCGAGAACACGCAGGAGUUCCAGAGCGGAUUCAUGGCUCGGAGCGUGCCGCAUAUCAUCGACGUAGAGGCCAAUGAGGAGAACGAGGGCGGUUUCCGGUCCGGAAAUCGAAAAGACGUCGAAAUGCGGCCGAGAAAGAACAUCCUCAUCGUGAAGACGCUCAACACCCUGAGUGAGAAGAUCAUGGCCAACGUGGCGCCGGUCGAUGGGGAUAGGGAAGCGGACGGGCCAGACGGUGCAGACGACUCGACCAUCAAUGAGCUGAUGCUGCGUGACUUGCGUGGUGAUGCCGAAGAGCAACGCAUUAUUCUCAACGUCAAAGAACAGAACCGCUUUUUCUCGAAACAGGAGGAGAAACAGUCGGCCAACGUCCAGAUCUUCGCCACCCAGGUGCCGGCAGACGUGAUAGCCUCCGUCCGUCGCGAUGCGGAGCUCCUCGAGGCGGACGAGACAGGCGGCCUCGACCUCCACGCCAGCCUCGGGAUCGACGAAGAGAGCGACAGCGAUGAAGGAGAGGGGACGCUGAAGACACCCCACGUCGGGUCGCGAGCUGCGCGGCGGGCCGCUGAAGAGGACAUCAUGACGGGCGUCAAGCGGCGCCGUAUGGAGAAGUACGGAAGUGGCUCGGACGCGUCCCGGCUCAUGGGACUUUCCCAGGACAUCGCGGGCCGCUGCCAGCUCACCCACGCGACGACGGUCGAGUUCCUGCACCAGUUUUGGACCGCCUUCCUCUCCGGGAACCCGGACCGCGCCGCCGAGCUGCAGUAUCUCGUGGAAUCCCUCAAGCGGUCCGAAGCCCGUAUCGACGCCGUCGCGGCCGAGGCGGAAAAGGCCCGCGACGCCUUCAUCGAGACGAAGAGGCAGGAGGCCAAGGCUUACUUCGACAAGACGGGCGUACGAGAUAAGAGGUGGCUUGCCAAGAAUGUCGAUAAGCACGUCAGGGGUGGCCGCAAGGCCGUCAUGCAGAUGAUGCAGCCUAUACUCGACUCUUUGAGCAAGGCGCAGGCCGAUUAUCAGAAGGCAUUGGCUGCCGAAGGCAUCCAGCUCUCGACAGAAAGCUAGAUAGAUGCCGGUUGGAACAGGACACGGGGACGCUUUUUCACACAUUGACAUGCGAAUGUCCACUGACAGCGGAAAAUAACAGCAAAAUGAUUCCCAUCCCCCCGGCCAGGACUUUCAAGGCCGGCGGAGAGCGCAAAAAAAGGCGGAGGGAGGCGCGCUUUAAAACGCCGGCCAACCUCGACUGUACUUCAUGUAUAAUUGUAUUAGGGACGGUGAUAUAUCACGCAGACCGACUCGAGGUAGACGCUGAAUAGACAAAUCAAGGGUCUUGACGAGUUGGAGAGAGAACAACUAUCUACUGGAUGCUCCUUGUCCAAAAGGCGGACGGACCCCUUGCAUAUCCAACUACCCAGUCCAAUGCAGAACAUAAUUAGAAAACCAGACGCCUC